GUUGUACAAGUUCACAGACCCGCUGACUGUCCAUGGAGAGUUUACUUUGGCUGUCUAAACACUGGAGUCUCUACAUACAUGCAUUUUUGUUGACUUUGGAGAGACGGAGCUCUGCUAAAGUUUGGAUAUUUUUAGGCCUUUAAACUUUUCAACUUCGACAACUUUUGGAUGAUUUGUCGGUUUUGUUUCCUCCACAUCCAGACUGAGAUUUGUUGAUGGCGCGGUCGAACCAAGAUGGACUCAGGUUGUCUGCCGGUCGGGGACUAGAUAACAGUUUCACCCAUUAGUUCUCGAUGUAGACCCUCUUGAUAACUCGCUGUAAACUUGUUUAUUUGUUGGCUGGAUGUAACCGGACUGGGUCUUUUCCACCCCGGAGGUCUCAUCCUAUAAUGAACAUUUCCUCACUCAAGUUUCGCUAAACUUUUCCCACGACUCGCCAUGUCGGGAGUGGUCCGCACCCUGAGCCGCUGCCUGCUCCCGGCCGAAGCCAGCCGAGAGCCGGGCAGCAGCAAGGAGAGGAGCCGGGAGAGGGACGCGGCGCAGGAGCGGGAGGCGAGGCGGAGGAGCCGGGAGAUCGACGCGAUGAUCGCCCGGGAGAGGAGAGCCAUCCGCCGGCUGGUGAAGAUCCUGCUGCUGGGGGCCGGAGAGAGCGGAAAGUCCACAUUUCUCAAACAGAUGCGCAUCAUUACAGGACAAGAGUUCGACAAAAAGGCCCUUUUGGAUUUCCGGGACACCAUCUAUGAGAAUAUACUGAAGGUAAGAAGAACCAAGUCUGCUGAAAUACUGAGGCCCUCAACUUUACAGGGGCCAAAGUUGGAGUCCCCAGAUUUCUAGUCUGUUUGUUUGGAUGUUACAUAAACAUACAUUACUACAAUAAGUCAACUCAGAGAAAUGAAUCGAUUAAUUAAUUAGAUUUCAGAUUUAUUGGCCAGAACUGGUAGAUUAACUAAAUUAACCAAUUAGAAAGAUAAUCAAGUCAACUUUAUUUAUAGAGCACUUUAAAAAACAAAGUUUGAGCCAAAGUGCUUUACAGCAGGAAAGUUUGGAACCAAAUGAUAAAGUAAAAAUAUACAUAUGUACUUUACACUAAGGACAGGAUAGCAAAAUGGGUAAGAACUUAAUUCAGAUGAGAAAUCAGGUUAUUAAACGGCAAGAGAGUAGAAGUGAGUCUUUAGGACUAACUAAUCAGUAGCAAAUAACAUGACCUAGGGUUUAAAUCAAGGAAGUAAAAACUGGAUUUGUUUUUAUGAAUAAUUUCAAACAUUUCAAUAUAGAAUCACUACAAAGAAUUCUGCUUUAUCUCUAAACUAAGCCGUAUUUGAUUUGUCAGGGUAUAUCAGCAAAGAUUAAUCUUAUUCUGCAGUUUAUUAUUGACAUUUUCACCCCAUAGUUGAGGCUAACUCAGACACAACCUCCCUCAAACACAAAGAGGUUUGUUGACAUUGUACAUAUUUUUAUCCUGAAGUCUGGUGUGUGUGUGUCUGUGCGUGUGUUAAUGCAUGUCUGUGUGUGUGCAGCCCCUUUGUUUGCUGUCAUGGCUGGGCCUCCUUCACCAGCUAACAAUACCAGACUAUUCCUGAGGGAUGAGCACAUCCGCCCUGAGUGCCACACAGCCCAGACCAGAAUGAUAAGAGCUGCACUUCAGCCCAGACAAGGCAGCAGUGUACAAUAACCCCCCCCCCAAACCCCCCCAAAAUACCAGGAUACAGUGGCAGCGCUGUCUCAGGCCCCCCUAUACAUCCAUUUCAUCACAUCUUUACCUCCAGAGAAUAAGCUGAUACUCCACACCACCAUGUGAGGGGGGAAAUAAGAGAGGCAAAAAUUACAAGAGAUCCCAUGACAUGCCCACAGUGGGAGAUAAAAGGUAGUUUAGCUGUUUUAUUAUCUGUUUUUAGAAAGGCUGCAGUGUCAUUUCAUUAUCUGAAACAGUAGAACAAUGAUACUACAGGCCUGUAUGCCCCCAAACCAGCCCUCUAUCUUAUGGGACAAUUUCAGACUUUUUAACAUCGGGGUUGUGAGUGAAGCUUAAAAAAACAGGAUCUCGUGAUAAUUUGGGAGAAUAAUCUGAGUCAGUGUCUUUGUGAUGUUGUAAUCCAAACCAAAACCUAAUUAACGUACAUAUGAGUAAAAACUGGGUUAGGGCGUUAUCUCUUUAACCGCUGGACUACAUAAAUAAAGGUGGAAUAUUAUACUGGUGUCAUCUAGGUCUAUACCUAAUGAUUAACCUCUAAUGAACCUGCCGGUUAAAGGGAUAUUCCGGUGUAAAACUAAGUUAGAGUCAAACACACCGUAACAAGAGUUAGACACCUCGUCGAGAGAUGAAUGUUGCCGACAACUCACCUUCUCUCUUCCAGCAGACGCUUGUUUGUAGCGAGACCUCAGGCCAGUCCAUUACAAACUACAGCGGGGUGACGCAGCUCAAGGAAGAACAUUUAUGAUCAUUUCUUUAUCAUUUCCUUGAAGUAAUAAUCACCAUAUUGAUCAUUUUGCACUGCAGACUCGGUAGUUCUUCUGCCUUAGUGUCUCGGUCUGAAUGCAUUUCCAUGAAGAAAUGAUCAUAAAUGUUCUUCCUCGAGCUGCGUCACCCCGCUGUAGUCCGUAAUGGACUGGCCCGACAAGCGGCUGCUGGAAGAGAGUAGGUAAGUUGUGUUUAGUCUCUUUACUAAAGAAAUGAGUCAAAGUUAAAAAGAUGUUUGGUGCUAGUACUAUGGCUGUGACCCUAUAUGUCCUGUUGAUGAAGUUAGGUGCUGUUCUGAGCAUUAUUUGUGGCUAUAGAGUGGCGUCUUGGUUGAGGUUUGUUUAUGGCUCCUCAGACCGCUGUGUAUCGCUAUCCUGCGGUCGUUACCAAAGUUGGUAUAACUAGAGAAGAAAGCGGUCGGCAACAUUCAUCUCUGAAGGGGGUGUCUAACUCGGAUAUCCCUUUAAAGCUCCUGUAAGACUUUAUCUGGUUAUGAAUCAGACUCCAAGCAUGUGCACCUGCGUUCACCCUGCACCUCAGAGCUGACCCGUCUUGCUGGUCUCUUAUCAGUGUCAGUAAACACAGUUUUAUGAUCGUUUCAUAAUCAUUUCAUCAUCAAACGUAAUGUAGGGCGACACACAGACAUCAGUUUGAAUGACAUAAAUAUCCUCCGAUAAAAAGACUCACUGCUUUUUUUCUGACUCGGUGAGAGAAGCUGUUGGUGAAUUAUCUUUAACAUCAUUACCUUUGCUCCUGGAGGAUGGUGGAGGUUCAGGCUAACCUGCCAGGUGUCAGAAAAUCCCCUCACCACAUCCUCCUCUUCUGAUCUUAAUAACAGAGAAGGAGGAGAUUCAACAACACAAAGGGCACAUGUAAUAUAAUAAGGAGGAUUAUGAGGUUAAUAUCACACAGGUGGAGUUUAGGUGUGGUCCUGCUCUCUAAAUCCCAGCUAUUAAAGCGGAGGUUGCUCAACAGUGUCUGCUGUGUUGUUUUCAAUGUGGGAUUACUCAUUUCUCUCUGAGUCAUUUAUGAGUUUAUCCCGGAGCCCCAAAAUUCAGACUUUAUAAGAACAUUUAGAUCAGUUAUUGAAGUCCAUGAAGCUCAGCUGAUUUCAGCACGUUGUGAUAAAAAAGGAACUUUUUCUGCAUUUUACAGUUUUUUUUUUAUUCCGGCUGUGCAGAGGAGGCUGUUUUCUGUCACCACAUGUUCCUCAAUUCAAAGAAAAGACCUUGUUAUAGAAAGAUGUUCUUCCUGUAAAAGGACAUUGUAAACUGAGCUUUCAGACUGAAGAUAUCAGGUUUUUAAUGUUGGUCUGAUACUGCAGAGGGUCAGGGACAGAAGCCAGUCUGUUCCCCCGUGUAAUACUAUCUCCAAGUCAAUAAAGUCCAUCAGACAUGCUCACCACAAGAUUGGAUAGCUUCAGAGAGCCUCUUCUGUCCACACCUCAUUGGAUGGUUUAAAAAAAAAAAUCAAUAUCUAAUUUCCUCAUUCUCAAAUGUAAACGGCCUCACACUGUGAUGGGUUAGAGGAGUUUUCAUCUCUGUCUUCUUUAGGAGGGAAAAACUGGCAUCAGGAUCCCCGUAUUUUAACAGCUCCACUUUAUUUCCAGACCAGAAUCAGACAAACCAGCUCUCCUUUAUAACACAGACAGAGGCUGCAGACGUCACACACAGACACAAAAAUAACAAACACUGGAGAUGUGACAUUUUCAAACACAGCUGUGUAUAAAGAAACAAGAGGUAACUGACAGAAAACACAGCUUCAUGUGUUUUAGUCGCAGAGAUGAAAAUCAGCUGACAGUCAUCCUUUUAAUUAGACGAUUUUUCAUCAUAUACAGAGAUACAAAAAAAACACAAAGACAAUAAAAUUAGACCACCUGAGCAUCUAAAGAUGAGAUUCAUAUCAUGACAAAAGUCCCUUGUACUAAAAAAACAAAACAGGAAAAAGAAAUCUGCAUCCUCCUUUUCUGCAACAAAAACUGUUGAGGGAGAUAGACAGGACAACCGUUCUCCUAAAGUGAAGCCAAAAUAUUAAAGCUCCCCCUGGUGGCUGGUUGCAGAAUGGAUCACAAAGCCUGCCUCAUUAUAUCUCAUUAUAACAGGGGAGAAUAUUUAAAUCAGAAACAUCUAUUUUUUUUAUUUAAACCGCAUAAUUUAUGCUAAAGAGUCGUGGAUAUAAACUGUUCUGUGUUCAUCCAUCACUGAUGUUGUAUGUUUGGUUUCUAUAUUUCAUAAGUGAUUAAGAAAAGUUUCUUCUUUUGUACAUUCAACAGUCUAAAGGUCUUCUCACACUGGGGCCGAUGCAAAUAAAGAACGUGAAAUUAUGAAAUAUUCAGAUCUAAAGAAUAAAACACUGAGAACAGGAGGGAAACAGGGUCAAACUGAAAACUCGGGAAAACACACAGAAAAUAAACUCAGACGACCAAAACCAGGAGAAAACCAAAGACCAGAACAUAUCAUGACAGAUUCUUCAUGAGAUAACUGGACGUCUGAGUAUGACGAGGUUCAGGAGGAGAGACGAGUCGACAGAUGAAGUUCAGGUUUACUCUCAGACUGAAGAGUUGUAGAUGAUAACACCGGCCCAUGUGACUCAGAGCGCGCUCACUGUGACGCUCCGCUCGUACCGCACACACACGCUGCAUGUGCGUGUGUCACAUUGUGGUUAUAUGUGUGCGUCUUUGUGUUCAGCGCUCCUGUGGAUUCGUCGGUCUUACUCAUUCAAACUGCAAAAACAAAGAUCAGCCACAAGUCCUAAACCAGGAUCAGAUACACUUAGUCACACCGCACACACACACAGUCUCACACACACACACACAGACUCACACUAACACACAUAGUCGCUGCUUUAGUGAGAAUCUUUGAGUUUUCUCUCUCAGAGGUCUCCCAGAAUUCAUCCUCGUCUCCAUGGAGACAGGAGCAGGCCGGGGUUGCAGCUGUUGCUGUUGUUGGUCUGUAGAAACCCUCUGAGUGUGAUAUUAAGCUGUGCAAAUAAACUUGACUGUGACUCACACGCCCUCGCACACACACACACACACAGAUACACAGCAGCCUUAACCCACAGUGACCUUUGAAACACUGCGCUGUUGUUUGGAUCAAUAAAUGUAGGAAACACACUCUGUGGAUGUUGAACUUUAAGAUGCUGUUAAAUUCCCGUCAGUGUUAAUUAUUAAACUCUUCAAAUGGAAGAAAAACGCUCCAGUUUGUGGAGAAAAAGAGGAUUUUGAUGUAAAGCCAUGAGGACACACAGCAUCAGUUCAUCAGAAUUACUUAAAGAUGUCUGAGUCAUUAUGUUAGUUUAGUUUUUUAACCUUUACAGGAAAGAUUUAACGAGCGAGCUGAACUAAACUAAACGACUGUGGCGAGGAGCUUCCUGUGAAAUUAAACUUUAAUACAACGUUAGUACAUCACUGAAGAUUACACAAGAUUUCAAUCAAUCAGACUUUAUUCAAAGAUCACUUUUCAUACAACGAUGAAACACAUAAAAAGAAAAUGAAUAAUAUUAAUAUUAAUAACAAACUGAAAAUGAAUUUAAAAAACUGAGGGAACACUGGAGGUAAACUAAAAAGUGAAAUGUUCAACAGGAGAGUAAAAAAAGAAAAACAUUCAAACAGAUUCAGUAAAUAUAAGAUGAUAUCAGAUAUAAGGUGUAAGAGAACAUUUAACAUCGAUCAUUGGUCAGGAAAAGAAAUAACAUUAAAGAAAGGCGGGUCUAGAGUUUGCUUUUAAAAACAUGAAGACUCAGGUCCUCAGGUCCUCAGGUCUUCUAGCGUGCUGAGCCCACAUGAUCACAACACCGGUGUGAACUAAGAUACUAACAAAGCAGAGAGGAGUUGGAGUGAUGUCGGUCGUGUGGCGGUAUUUUUUGUUGAAGUACAAAAAAGACGUUGCAGCUGAGUAUAAAACUUGUCAUCCACAAGUUUGUGCCAAGAUCAGAUCAAUAUCGGUAUCGACUGAUACUGAAGGCUAGAAUAUCGGUAUUUAUUGAAAGUAAAAAAGUUGAAUCGGGACACCCCUAGUCUUCAGGUCCUUAGGUCUUCAGACUUGAGCAUCAUUCAUAUCCAGAUUCUGUGUCGAUGGUGUCAGAUAGUCAGUACGAUUACAGUUUAUUCGACUAAGCUCAUAAUUUUUUUUUUCGCCCAAUCAGACUUCUCUCCUUCUCAGUGUAUACAUGCAGCUGAGGAAAUUGAAUCAUUGACAUGAUUGACGUCCCCAAAACUAGGGGGCGAUAUGGGUCUUUUCAGCAGCGCUAGUUCCGACCCCAUUCAACCGUCAACAACAAUUCUGAUUAUAGUUGGACUAAGGUGUUUACAUGCUCUUCAGUUGUCCGGUCUGAAUCGGAAUAAGGCGAUAAUUUGGUUUUCUUGAGUGUCAUGUAAACGUACUGAGUGAUUCUGUGAUGAGGAUGAGGCCUGUUGAUGGUCGUCUGUGCACGCUCCUGAAAGUCUGCGCUGGGAUCAGUUCAUCAGAUCAACUGUAGAGAUGAAAACCUUGAAUCCUUAACCUUCAUAUCCAGGAGUUCAGACACGGAGCUGUUAGUGCAACGGUGUGACGGUGUGGAGAGCAGCCCAUCAGACUUUGUUAGACAAACAGACUCAGAGACAAAGACUCACUUUAAAAAGCCGUCUGUGAAAUAAAAGGUCCAGAAAGAUCAUCAGCCGAAUGUGUCCUGAUACUUCUUCUCUGAUAUCACCUUAUUGUUACAGCCCACACACAGAUGAGCCUGUAAUUAUAGACUCUCUUCUGUAAUUAUAGACUCUCUCUCUCAUAGAUUUCACACAUUUCAACCUGAAUCCUACAAACUGAAGACUUCAUUCUCUCACUGUUAUAAAUCCUCUUCCUGAGUCUGCUUUUACUCUGUCACAAAGACGAGUUUAGAGAGGAUGGAGCUGAAUGUCUCAACAACAACAGAGAAUAUAAAAACAUGAUCUCUUUUUCUCCUGACUGUCUGUCUGUAAAAUGUUUGAGAACAAAGUUUCUGUAGAGAAACGAUCCGAGCUCUCACAGAUGGUUCAUGCGUCAGAAAGAAACUUUAAAUGAGUUUAAUUAAAACGAGAGAAAGAAAAGGAGGAGACCUCCCACACAGAUCAGCCCACAUUACUCCAGCAGGCACACACGUGUACGCCAGAGUGUGUGUGUGUGUGUGUGUGUGUGUGUGUGGGUGCGUGCAUGUGUGUGUGUGAGACUCCAUGUUUACCAGAAAACCUAAACUCUGUGUUGACAUUUUUCCCAGGAAGUAGCUCAUGCAGUGUAAGUUUUUUCUCUUCCUCUGUGCGGUCAGUGAUUUUUGCUGAAGUCGGAGGAGCAGCCGCUGCGCCGCUGCACCACUGCACCACAUUCAGACUCAUGUGCUCUGCUUUCUCUCUCACUUCCUGCAGGGCAUGCGCGUGCUGGUGGAUGCUCGGGACAAGCUGGGCAUCAGCUGGCAGAGCUGUGAGAACGAGAAGCAGGGCAUGCUGGUGAUGUCGUGGGAGGGCCGAGUGGGCGGAUCGGGGGUGGAGCCCAGUGAGUUUCAGCUGUAUGUGAUGGCGCUGAGCGCGCUGUGGGCGGACACUGGCAUACAUGAGGCCUACUCACGGCGCUCCGAGUUCCAGCUGGUGAGUAAAAAAGGUUUUUGAUGUUACAGAGGUCUCAGAAAACCACAUACACUUAAAUGCGGCUUCAUUCUGACACCUCCCUAUAGAUUUAAAGAUAUAGAUGCUAACAUCGCUAUUUUAUGAGCUUGGUUCUAUCUCAAAGAAUAUCCUGAGCCAGGACUUCAAUUAACCCGACUUUAACUAAACUGACUUUAAUUAACCUGACUUUAACUAACCUGACUUAAACUAACCUGACUUUAUCUAACCUGACUUUAACUAACCUGACUUAAACUAACCUGACUUUAUCUAACCUGACUUUAACUAACCUGACUUAAACUAACCUGACUUUAUCUAACCUGACUUUAACUAAGCUGACUAACUAACCUGACUUUAACUGAUCUGACUUUUACUAACCCGAUUUUUAUUAACCCGACUUAAACUAAUCUGACUUUAAUUAACCUGACUUUAACUUAUCUGACUUUAUCUAACCUGACUUUAACAAACCCAACUUUAACCAGCCUGACUUUAAUUAACCUGACUUUAACCUAUCUGACUUUAUCUAACCUGACUUUAACGAACCCAACUUUAACCAGCCUGACUUUAAUUAACCUGACUUUAACUAACAAUACUUUAACUAACCUGACUAACUAACCUGACCUGAACUGAUCUGAAUUUAACUAACCUGACUUUUACUAACCUGAUUUUUAUUAACCCGACUUUACCUAACCUGACUUUAACUAGCCUGAGUUUUACUAACCUGACUUUUACGAACCCGACUUUAACUUGCCUGACUUUAACUACGUUACAUAAUCAAUAAGUUUUACUACUGUCCCAGGUUUACUCAGAAUCAGGUUGUCUUUGCUUUGAAUCAUUAAGACAGAUUUUAGGACAGGAAGUGAAACAAUCUCAAGGAGGAGAGAGUCAGGAGGGACUGAGGGAGUCGUGGUACAGCCUCAUGAGUGACCUUCAGAAUGACCUUCAGUAUCUCGUUUUAUUGUUUGAUACCGCUGAUGAAAGAUGUUAAAAGCGGCUGAGGAUUUUAAACCAAAGACGGUUCUGCUGCAGGAUUUAUGAAGCUUUUAAUGAAAGCUUCAGUAAGGUCUCUGUCCAAAGGGGGGCGCCACAAUCGACACAAAUGAAAAGUUCCUCACUUUAAGGAGACAAUAUGAACAUAAAAUGAUCAUGUAGUGAUCUAAGAUAUCCAGUCACAUGAACAUGAUCAGAACUUUUUACCGCAUCAGUCUUCAUGGUGAAGCUCUCCUGGGUCCACAUGAAAAUGUUUGGACUUUAUGGAGCAGGAGUCAUCACGGCUCACAGAUGACUCACUGGAGGACCUGAUUCUUCACGGUCCAGACUCUGCAGACACAGAUCUUCUCAUGAGUGACCCAAACAUUCUUUCAUCGUGAGUUUCCUUCAACUGUCUCAGUCUCUGCUGUGGACCCAAACGGACCUACCCUCUUUGUUUGAGUCCGGGUGAUACCUGAUCCACCACAGCUGGAGAUCAGACCGGGUCAUAUCAGAGACGGGAUCACAGCUGUGGGACCAUUUUAACAGUUUUUGGUCCAGAUUAUCUGCAGACCUUUGUUUGUUUGGAGACUUUAUUUGAUGAGAGGCGGGGGUAUCAUGCUCCAGAUCACACCAGGAGUCGAGACUCGGUCCUGUGACCCGUGUGAUGAGGACUAUCUGUACCAGCUGAGUUCUGGGUCAGCCCGUAUUGAUGCACACGCAUGUUUAUCAGCCAUAGAAGAAAUCAGUGAAUGAGUUUGACUUCAAACAUGUUCAAGAACUUUCCAUGAAAUCAUGUGAAUCAUCUUAAAACUGACAAGAUGGAAAUAAAGAGGAAGCCCGUAUGAUCAGAACCAGGUUUUUGUGGACCUUCAGGCUUUGCUUUGUACUUCCCCAGCUUGUAAAUCAGGAUUAUAUAAAGAUCAGGAAGUCUGAUUCCUGGCACUGAUCAGUGAGCCUUUGGCAAACUCAAGGGAUCUCUAGACUCCAGCUCAAGUCCAGCAGAUGUUUUUUAACGGGUACUUCCUGCUCCUGAAAGCGGCCAUGUUGUAGGGGUGGAGAAAUGACAGCAGAGCAGACCCUCCGUUCACACAGAGAUGAUGAGUCACUCAGUGUGUUUACGUGCACAGUUUAAUCGGACUAAGCUCUUAAUUCGUCUUUUUUUCUCUAAAUCAGACUUCUCUCCUUGUCCGCGUUUACAUGCAGCUGAGAAAAUUAGAUUAUUGACGUGAACGUGUCCUCCUCCCCAAAACUAGGGGGCGAUAUGGGUCUUUUCAGCGGCGCUGUUUCCGACCCCAAACAACCGUCAACAACAACAGCAGGUCGGUGUCAGACGUCAGAAGUGUCUGCAACUGCUGCACGGCAUUUUGGAGAAACAAGAAGAUGGAGCAUCGUACACACGCUACUCCUCUUCUCUGGUGUUUUUGUUCCGGGGUUACGGGGGCGUGGUGCACAUGCACAUGCAUUGUCCAAUCAUACUCUGACUACGCUGGUUACAUAGUAGAGAAAAUCGAAUUCCAAUCGCAGUAUCUGUGUGUCUUAAUCAGAGUUCUCGUUGGACUAAGGUGUUUACAUGCACUUCAGUUGUCCGGUCUUAAUCGGAAUAAGGCGAUAAUUCGGUUUUCUCGAGUGUUAAAGCGAGCAAACGUAACAAAACCAACAACAAGCAGGUGAAGACAUCAACUCCAUAAUCACAGUAAGUGUUUAAAUGUGUCCUUUUUUCCCUCUUUACUCUCGACUCCCUGAAGAGACACAAACAAUCAGCGGUUUGUUGAAGACAGACACUUACUGUGCUUUAAAAAAACAUCUGAUGAAGAGCAGAGCAGCUGGAGAACCAGAAGGAACUCCACAAGAGUCCACAAACCUGCAGUGAACAGGGACGGGUCCAGCAGGACGUGAAUCACGUCUCACAGCAGACUGCUCAGAGCUGUAUGUUUGACCUUUGACCUCCUUCUUACACAUUUAUCAGUGACAGAAGCCACUUUGGUCUCACUUCACAAACUGUAAGUGUGUGUGUGGGACGUCAGAGCACAGCUCCGGGUCAGGGUCUUAUCUGGAGUCUCUGUUCAGGAGAGUCAUGGUGGUACAGAUUCAGGUUUGUCCUGUUUCCAGAACGUUUCCUCAGCACCUCCAAACUUCUUCUUCUUCUUCUUCUUCUUCUUCUUCUUCUUCUUCUUCAUCCACACUCCUCCCUCCGAGUUAGAAAGUCUCUUAUUGGACAAAGGGGUCAAGACCUGAGUCUAGUUUACGGGUCUACUGCUCGACCUGAAGUCUGGCUUGUGGUUCCAUUUCUACACUCUUGACCUGCUUCAUUCUGUAGUCGUUUUAGCACCGGUAACCAUGGCGAUACCAAGCGUAUAUCGGACUGUAUCUUGUUACAGUUGGAGCUUCUCUUCAAACUCCAUCUUGUGCGUCUCUUUCCAGGAAACGGCUCGUCGCUCUCGGAGGACUUUUGUUUCAUCUCUGGAUUUGUGGAAAACAAGAAAAAUAAACGGGAAGAUCAGCGGCGUCCUUUCAGAGAGAAAAAUCAGCGCUGUGGUGUAAAUGUGCUGAGUUAGAGAUCUCCGCCUCCUCCCCUCUUCCCGCCGCUCUCUGAGAGGUUUUCCGGGGAUAUCACAGUCAGCUUUUCCCAGGCACGGCUGGAGCGGGGCCAUGGGCCGACAGGGAGAGCCAGGAAAGAGAGGGGGGGUAGAAAUAAAGCAAAACAGAGAGAGAGAGAGAGAGAGAGAGAGAGAAAGAAAGAGGAAAACGAAGACGAGCAGGGAUGAUGGAGAAAGUGGAGAGGAAAAACAAACCGAAAGCGAACACAUGCAAGAAUUUUGUUUACUUGUAGGCUUCUCUGCGUUCCCACCACACCCAGAUAACACACAGUUAGAUAUAGGACACACACACACACACACUAAAAACAGACGUGUGUGUCGUGCUGUGACGGUAAACUGCUGCUGUUGUCUUCAUAUCCUGAGGAGGAGGAACGAGGGUGCUGUGAGGGGAACUUUGAAGCUACACAAAGAUGUAAAGAGGAUACGCACACAAACACACACACAUACACAAACACACACACACACACACACACACAAAUCCAGUGUGUAACUUAUCUCUCAGUGUGGACCGAGUGGAAAAAUGUUCUGUUCGGUGUUUUCUCGUGUUUGCUCUCAGUGUCUUUUUCCUUUUUCCCGGUUCGUCUUUUGGAGUUUCCUCGUGUUCGUGGUUUAUGUUUCUGUGUGUUCUUGACUCAACAUCAUCUCCAGGGUAAUCAAAGACUAACAUCCAGACGUCCAUGAACCCGUUUGUCACACUUUAAUAGUUUUUUUUCGUCUUUUCCGGCACAAAGCACCACUAACUUCUUCACAGUUCGAUGAUGGUGCUGAAGUUUUCGUGAAAUACCGAACGUUUUCAGAUCUUGUCCGAGGAGAGCAGAGAGAUCUUUUUUCUAAAGUCAUUUUCUUUUAAUCGGGCUCAUCUGACAAACUCAUUAUCACAGGUGUUUGGGAUUGAUUUCAGAGAUCCAAAGAACCCACUAAAAUCCAAUUCACAUAAUAAUUUGGAACAGUGUAUAACGUGUCAUAUUUUAUAUUUAUGAUUAUUAUAAACUUAAAUUUUCAGAAACGGGCAGAAAUGAUGCAACAGGAAGAAGAAUAUGUGCAGCUCCCAAAAUGUUGUCAUUAUCUUAAACACAAAAAGGGACUGUAUGUAUGAGUGUAAAGGUCCUUACACACCGGGGCCGAUGCGAAUAUAGAACGCGAAAUUACGAAAUAUUUGGAGGUGAAUUUUGACGCGCCUGACUAAACACAUCAAGCCCGAUGCGAACAAAACCGUUUGUAAAUCUGUCAAGAUUUCAGUGAGUUUCUUUCAUAUAGAUAUCUAUGGUGUUGAUGUUUAUGGCUCUGUGGUCCAUCGCCAUAUUGCGUUGUUGCAGAACCAAACCCAGAAUUUGAGUUCCACUUAUAAAAGUAACAUAAUAAACAGUGCCUAGCAGUCAUGAAUUAUCUUUAUAAUUAUAAAAUUCAUGAAAGACAAUGAAAUAACAUUUUUAACAGCAUUAACAUGACUGUUACCUCCUCAAAUGUGUCAUUCAGAACCACAGAGGUGUCUCUGUUCUCCAGCAAGAAGCAGGAAGACAGAAGGCCGUCAGGGAGGAGAGACGGCGGGUGAUACGAAAAAAAAACAUGUUCGCUUAAACGCAUCAUGAUGGACGAAGUCAUUUAAUAGACUUAUUAUUGAGAAUUAGGGAAGUUAAACAAUCAUGGCACACCCUGUUACACACGUGGAUGUGGCUCAUAUACACCUGUGGUCUCACACACACACACACACACACACACACACACACACACACACACACACACACACACACACAUACAUACACACACACUGCAGAGCGUGAGCUUAUUCAGGUCUUUGCUGUGAUAAAGCCCCUAAUCUGCCCAUACACGUCAUGAAUGGAGACAUUCCUCCUGCCUUACUCAAUUGCACACACCCACCGACACACACACCCACCGACACACACACACACACACACAUACACACACAGUAAGCUAUAGUUUACUAUCAGCAUACAUAACAAGCGUCUGGGACUCAUGUCAGAGAGAGAAAAUGAGAUUUACGAGUUCUUCAGUUCUGCUGCAUCACUCUGUGUGUGUGUGUGUGUGUGUGUGUGUGUGCCAACAUGUGUCUGUCUCUGUGUUUGCGUACCCCCCCCUCUCUCUGGGAAUUCCCCUCUUUCUACUUUUCCCUCCAUCCAGCCCCUCCUCCUCCGGUUCAGGUUCAGCUCCGCUCAUCAGAGUCCCCCCCCCCACACUUUGUGUUUCGUAUUGCGGGGACUCUGUGGGUCAGCAGCAGGGUCAGGGGUCGGGGGUCAGGGGGUCACAGCUCAUCAGCACAGGGGUCUCGUUUCCUGGAUGCUGUUGGAUGUGUCAGGGCCGACAGAUCCAGUCUGAAGUUUUUUAUUGAGAGGAACAAUGAUGUGUGUGUGUGUGUGUGUGUGUGUGUGUGUGUGUGUGUGUGUGUGUGUGUGUGUGUGUGUGUGUGAGUGUGUGUGUGUGUGUGUGUGUGUGUGUGAGUGAUGGGAGCACUAAAAUAAUGACUCUGUAUCUGGGUUCUGUCCGACCCGCUAAUCCCUCCCUCCCUCCCCCGUGUGUUUCCCUUCUGUUUUCACACACACAGCUGUUUCCUGUUGCAUGUGUGUGUGUGUGUGUGUGUGUGUGUAUCUGUGUGUGUGUGUGUGUGUGUGUGUGUGUGUGUGUGGGAGGAAGAGAGCGAUGUACUUUUAUAUUCAAACAUGAAUUAAUUAGAAUCAUGUGAAUAAAGGAGAAGUUACUCAGAGCUUGAAUCCAUGUAUGUGGAUCACAUGUGAGACCAGGUGAAGGUUCGAGUCCUCCUCUGCUGUGAUCUCUUGGGUCCUCGUCCUCUGUUGUUGGUUUUUCUGGUUUAUAAAAAUCAGAGUUGGGAAACUGACUCAGUUUUUUAGACUUCAGACUUCACGUCUACAGGAGAGCGGCUGAUUGACUGAAAUUAUGUGAAAUGUGAAAAAUAAAAUGAUUUCAGAAGAACAGCUGUUUCACCUUAAAGUGCCGGUAUCCUGCUUUUCCACAUUUGCUGCACCGUGUUUCUGUUUUUACUGUUUAUUAUGUUUAAAUAAGAACAUACAUCUUUUUAUUUACAUUUUUAUUUAUUUGGUUUUUAUUCCACUUCCACUCCUGAAAGUGCAACAUUACUCACCGUGCUGCUAUUUUAACCUUAGUUUCUAUUGUUUUUAUUUUUCUGUAUAUUAAAUUAAACAACGUGAAUAUAGAACUUGAAAUUAUGAAAUAUUUAGAGGUGAAUUUGAGGCGCCUGACUAUACAAAUCAAGCCCGAUGCGAAAGUCCCGCCUCCUUCACCUCUAAUUGGCUAGAAAAGCUGGAAACGUCAUCACACGCUCAAGCCAAACGGUCAGCACUUAUCGCUAAUCAGAGGCGAUAAGAUAAGCACAUAAAACUAUGGUAACAACCGUUAGCUUACGUUAGCACAGAUGAAAGUUAAAACAAAGAUGUUUAGCAAACUGUUAAAGCACACAAACCAUCGUCAUAUGAGAAAUCAGAUGCUAUGACUCUCCACAAGUCGUCCUUCAGGUCGUUGUCUUUGUAAUGUUUGUGUCUUUUAUCAAAAAUCACUCUGUUCUCUGACACGUAAACAAUCAGCUGGUUGGCCAUGUUGGCUAUACUAGUGAAUCUGACGUCGCAACAACAUGAAAUCUGAUUGGUCAGAGGUGGACACACAGAAUGGGAAACUUUAGAAAAAUCGAUCGUGAUCCAAAAAAAUAAAUGCAGCAAUAUCGCAGGACGGAAAAACGUCGCUGAUGUGAAAGCUUGUAUUGACAGGAUACGGGUUCGAAAAAAAAUAUUGACGUCCGAAAUAAUCGCACGAUAAAAAGGGUGAAAGGACCUGAAGUCUUCCAACAAAAACUGCAAAGUUUAAACAACAUUUGUUUUCAUAAUCUGAGACAGUCGGUGUAAACUGGUUAAAGAGACAAGUGUCUGUGUGGAGGCUGAAAUAAUGAUACUUUAAUUCACCAGACUGAGACUAAAACUCUUCUUCUCUGUUUUCGCUGUUACAUCACGGUGAAAACUUGAUCUUAUUAAGGCGGUUAUUUCUUAUUUCAUGUUGGAAACAGUCCCCUCCCCCGCUCCGCUCACAGUCUUUAUUGGAUCAGCGUCUCUCUAAACCACCGAGUCGUCCUGAUUUGUAGUUUUAUCUUCUUCUGUUUGAGCGUUCAGAUCACAACAUAACUCAGAUGAUCAACAGCUGGAAACAAACAAACCCAGCGUUUCUGGUCUGAUGUGAACUUGUUUUUGUCCGUCAAGACCAGGAUGAUGGAUGUGGGGGAACUCGGCGUUUGGGGGUUGAAUCUUUUGUUUUUAAAUCUGAUGUUAAUCUUAAAAUUAUUAAAGUUUUGUUUGUUUUUUAGUUUCUUAGCAGUGGAAACAGGACAGGGACUUAUGAUCACCUCAAAGAGGGGUGUGGAUGAGGGGUAGACCUGCAUGAGGGUCUCCAGGUAAACAGGGUCAGUUCUGGUCACUUCUUUAUAAACAUGAGUUUGUGCAGUGUGAGAGGAGCUGUUGGGAGAGUGGGAGGGGACGAUUCGGAACUACGGGAGAGUACAAGCGAGGUGAUUGGAUGGAGAGGCGGAGCCGGAGCUAUCCGGGAAGGAUGGCGCCUUUUGGUCAUUGUGUUUGCAGCCCUGCAGCUGCUUGGAUGAACAGAUUUUUUUCAUUCUGUUUUCACUUUGUGGAGAUCGUACUAUAGGACCAUGAUCGCCAUAGAAACAAGGUUCAUAAAAACUGCCAAUCUCUACCAUGACUUUAAAUCAACUUGUGAUGUAUUACUAAUGUAAAGUAGUGAAGCUUGAGCGUCUGUUAAUCGAUAGUUUUUGUGUUGUAAAUCAGAGACAUGUCCAAAAAUCAAACCCAGAGAUGUUUGUUUUUGUCGAGGAUUCAAAGGAAAAAAGGAAAAAAGGUUUUGCCUUCAGUCCUUCAAAGUUUCUGCUCUUUGUUGGUGACGGGGGAAAAACCAGAGCUGGAUGUUGAUUAAAUCAAUAACCACAGUAUGAAAUGUGAUUUAGUAGAUGAAACACAACAAAUGAGAUUCUUCUUAAAUCAAAUCAACGGCUCUGAUCUGAUUAUUCGAGACAUCAUCUUUCUGUGAAUAAUCAGACUCAGUUAUGUAUCUGUGCUGAAUGUCCUCUCUUUCUGUCUGCAGAGUGAGUCGGUGAAAUACUUCCUGGAUAACUUGGAUCGGAUCGGUCAGCUGGUGAGUCGCAGUGAUGCCUUGAGGGGGUAUUCUUUCGUAAAAUUAAUUUAGGGUCAAACACACCGUAACGCCGAAUGAGACACCCCCCUCCAGAGAUGAAUGUUGGCGACUGCUUACUUUUCUAGUUAUACCAACUUACGUAACGACCGCAGGAUAGCAAUACACAGCGGUCUGAGGAGCCAUAAACAAACCUGAACCAAAACACCACUCUAUAGCCACAAAUAAUGCUCAGAACAGCACCUAACUUCAUCAACAGGACAUAUAGGGUCACAGCCACCAAACAUCUUUUUAACUUUGACUAAUUUCUUUAGCAAAGAGACUAAACACAACUCACCGACUCUCUUCCAGCAGCCACUUGUUGGGCCAGCCCAUUAGGGACUACAGCGGGGGGUGACACAGCUAAAGGAAGAUCAUUUAUGAUCAUUUCUUCAUGGAAAUACAAUCAGACCGAGACGCUAAGGCAGAAGUCUGCCUUGAUUAUUACUUCAAGGAAAAUGAUACAGAAAUGAUCAUAAAUGUUCUUCCUUGAGCUGCGUCACCCCGCUGUAGUCUGUAAUGGACUGGCCUGAGGUCUCGCUACAAACAAGUGGCUGCUGGAAGAGAGCAGGUGAGUUGUGUUUAGUCUCUUUGCUAAAGAAAUGAGUCAAAGUUAAAAAGAUGUUUGGUGUCUAGUACUAUGUCUGUGACCCUAUAUGUCCUGUUGAUGAAGUUAGGCGCUGUUCUGAGCAUUAUUUGUGGCUAUAGAGUGGCGUUUUGGUUGAGGUUUGUUUAUGACUCCUCAGACCGCUGUGUAUUGCUAUCCUGCAGUCGUUAGCAAACAAGUGGUCGGCAACAUUCAUCUCUGGAGGGGGUGUCUAACUCGGUGUUACGGUGUGUUUGACCCUAAAUUAAUUUUACGCCGGAAUAUCCCUUUAAAUCUACAGACUUUCUUUAUCUCUCUGGAAAUAACCUCAACAGCGCUCCCUCUCUCUCUCUUUCUCCUUCUCCUUCUCCUUCUCUCUCUCUUUCUCUCUCUCUCUCUCUCUACUCAGAACUACAUCCCGAGCAAACAGGACAUUUUGUUUGCGAGAAAAGCCACUAAAGGGAUCGUGGAGCACGACUUUGUCAUCAAGAAGAUCCCCUUCAAGAUGGUGGACGUGGGAGGUCAGAGGUCGCAGAGGCAGAAGUGGUUCCAGUGUUUUGACGGUAUCACCUCGAUCCUCUUCAUGGUCUCGUCGUCAGAGUACGAUCAGGUAAGUGUGCGCCUCACAGACGUGUAGCCUAGAGGUUCUUUAAGGGGAGUCACGCCGUCCCGUCAUUAAUCAGUGAGCGCACAAAAAAGAUCAGAGAGGAGGUCCAAACAAAGACCUCUUUGUGGUCCAAUCCAGGAACCUGAUUGCCCCCCCCACCGCCGCCUGCCAUGGUUCAAACCAACAGUCAUAUGACGAGUGGAUCUGUAAUUGGUGCGCCGAUAAAUCUCGAAUAAAACCAUGGGCUGUGUGUGUGUGUGUGUGUGUGUGUGUGUGUGUGUGUGUGUGUGCAUGUGUGUGUGUGUUUUAAGGUUCUGAUGGAGGAUCGCAGGACGAACCGUCUGGUGGAGAGCAUGAACAUCUUUGAGACGAUCGUCAACAACAAACUCUUCCUCAACGUCUCCAUCAUCCUCUUCCUCAACAAAACCGACCUGCUGGUGGACAAGAUCCGGACCGUGGACAUCCGCAAGAACUUCCCCGAGUUCAGAGGAGACCCCCGACGGCUGGAGGACGUGCAGGUACACAAACACAGGGAGACACAGGAACACACAUAUAGAUGCACACAGGGACACACACGCAUGUACACACAGGGACACACAUGUACCUGUAUGUGUAUACACACAGGGACACACAUACACAUAUAAAUAUAUACGCACAGGGACACACAUGGACACACUUAUACCUGUAUAUAUAUACGCACAGGGACACACUUAAAUAUUGCUAUAUACACACAGGGACACACUCGGGACACACAUGGGACACACAUAUACACAUAUGGACACACAUAUAUACACACACAUGUACACGCCUAAACAUAUAUAUAUAUAUAUAUAUAUAUAUAUACACACACACAUGUUCACACCAAAACAUGUAUAUAAAUAUACAUAUAUACAUAUUUAAUUAUGUAUAUAUACAUAUACAUAUAUAUACACACAGGUACACACAUACACACACAUGCACACACGUAUCCAAACAUAUACACACAUAUACACACAUGUAUACAUUUACACACAUGUACACACAUAAACACACAUGCACACACGUACACACAUGUACAGACAUACAUACACAUGUACACACAUAUACACACAGGUACACACUUAACCCCCUUGCCGCUGAGUCUCCUCUGUCUGUGUCUGAACUGAGGACUGUAUUGAUCAGCUGUUAAGAGUCUUUAAUGACACCAUCAUUUUUAUCAUUUUUAAUUAUUCUGACAUCAGCUGAUCAGCUGAUGGUCUGUGAGGAGGAGAAGAUCCAGGACUGAGAUAUUGAUCUUUUUGAACGAUGACCAUACUCAGAUCUGUUCUUGGUUUCAUGACUGUAAACAAACCACCUGACUGCUCCCUGCACACUGACAAGAUUACACGGUCCUCCAGAAUCUGUGGUUCCAGCCAAACACACACACACACACAAACACACACACACACACACACACACACACACAAACAGAGGUUCUGGCUGAACCGGACGGCCUGGUUUAACUCCAGCCUUCUGCCUCGGCUCUCUCUCCCUGUUUCCUGCUCGCUCUGCCAUCCUAGUCGGUCAGAUAGAGGAACAAAAAUACAAUAAAAUAAACAGUGGGCUAUUUCUGCAGAAGCCAAUCAGAAUCAAGUAUUUAGAGGUAAACAGUCUGAAUGUCCUCCUGUCCUCUUUACGCAGUGAUCCUUUAACUCUUUGAAUUAACUGAUUUUAAGGAUGUUUCAGUAAACACUGACUGUUUAUCUCGACCCAUGAGCAUAAACAGCUGACAGUCAAGGCUGAGGCUGGUUUUUCCAGAGAAAGGUGACGUAGAAGUGGAGGACAUGUCCAAAUGAUAAGGAAGCACAUGUAGAAGUCUGCGUCACACUGAAAUGACUAAAAAAAAACACUAAAACAACAAAGUGAAGUGAAUUCACCUCAGCUAGGACCAUUUCUUAUUUAAAGGAGUUCAUAUUUUCACUGAACGUACAUACACACACAGACAUAAAGAUUAAAGCAGGGAGAGCAGCAGCGAGGACCCCAGGGGGCCGAGCAGAAAACAGGAAGAAGUUCACAAAGAGAGACCGCCCUGUGAUGAGGAGGCUGAAGAGUAGGGCUGCACGAUUAAUCGGUUUUAAAUCGUAAUCGGAUUAUUUGAUUGUGAUGAUGUUAAAAAAAUUUUAAUCGUCAAAUCUAUUUUCCUCUCUAUCAUGUCUCGCACCUCCAGGCCACCGUAGGCUCCCCAGUUCCCACACAAAAGAAGGCGAUGAUUAGUUAAAAUAACGGUACUUUUUGAAUACGGGUCAGAGAGUCAUAAACCAUUUCAUCUCCGUGUGGAUGUCUAUCUGCAUCUCUGGAAACGAUCACGUGACACACAGCGUAACUCGUUUAUGGCGCCAAAACAACCUUUAUACACGUGCUCUGUACUCUUCUUCUGUCUUUUGAGUAUUUCCUGUACAGCAUUACAGCGCCACUUAUUGGUUUGGCAUAUGCACUUCACCGUUUUCAGUGGUUUGGUUUCGAGAGAUGAUAGAAAAACUUUAGUAAAGUGAAGUUUGGUGAAGUUGUCACUGGAUAAAAAAUGAAAAAUCGAGUUUUCAGAGAAAAAAAUCUGGAUUUUAUUUUUGGCCAAAAUCGUGCUGCCCUACUGAGGAGGUCAACCUGAACCUGCCUGAACUAACACUAAGCCCAGUUAAAAGUCAUGCUUGUGAUUGUGGUUUCAAACAAUUCUUUGAGGUAAAAUCCAACAAAAAAAACACACACACAAAGAAAGUAGAGAUUCACACAAGGACUGAGACUGAGACACAAUAACUAACAAACACACAAAAUGAACCAAGAAGAACAGAGAGGAAGAGACAGCCGAUAUAUAUACACAGGUAAACGAGCAACAGGUGAGACAGAUGAGUGAUUAACAAAGGAGGAAAAACUAGGGAAGUAAAACCAGACUAGAAACACAAAGAAUCAACUCCUACAAAAUAAAACAGGAAAUAAACACUGAGAACUGAUCUAAAGAAUAAAACACGGAGAAGAGAAGGGAAACAGGGACAAACUGAAAACUGAAAACUCACAAGACUGGACUAGAGGGGGACAGGAACUAAAUCUACUGAACACAUCAUGACGACAUCUUAAAGUUCACGAUAAUAAGAAAAAGUCAAAAUCUUCUGAAAACUGAGCUGGUUUCUGUAUUUGGAUGUAAAUAUCUGUGACUCUGCUUUCUGAAUAAAUGUCUCGGUGGUUCUGAUGGAUUUUUUCCAGAGAGAGUCAGACCAGGACACUCAGGUUGGUCGUCUCUCUGGUUUGAUUCCUGAACACAGGCUUUGCUGUAUUAAAGAUGGCGUGUGAGGAAUCGCAUUAGUCUUGAAAGGCGUCUGGAACUGAGUGUGUCCCCGCUCCUCUCCUUCCAGGCCUUCUUGGUUCAGUCAUUCAGCCGUAAGAGGAGGAACCGAGGGAAGCCGCUGUUCCACCACUUCACCACCGCCGUCGACACGGAGAAUAUCCGCUUUGUCUUCCACGCCGUCAAGGACACCAUCCUGCAGGAAAACCUCAAAGAUAUCAUGCUGCAGUGACGCUCACGCCGCCGAGGCCGUCUGUGAAGGACGGGCGAAAGACUGCAGCACCUGAACACUGACCUGUGGAGCCGACACUCAGUGUGUGUGGAUUUAACCAAACUGUGGAGUAACCGUGGACCUGUGGAAACUGUGAGGGUCUCUGUGGACCGGACCCUGACCCGUACCCUUACCCUGUAUAAAUGUGUGUCUGCUGGAAAGACAGUCCUUCCUCUUUUCUUCUGUAGCUUUAACAAACACAGGUUCAAAAAAAAACUGAUGAAACAAAAGAGGAAAAAAAAAAAAAACACCACCAACACCUGAGCACUGAAAGUGUGUUUGUCUCUGAUCUGUGUGUGUGUGUGUGUGAAUAUGAAAAAUGACAAACCUGUCACUAAACCAAGUCAAGUCAGAGCUGUGAGAGGAAGAGGAAGAAGAAGAAGAAGAAGAGGAAGAUUGUCCUGACGCACACGUGACAGAGGAGAGGACGGGCGGUUCUGGCUCAGCCCGGUCAUAUGCUGUGUUAUGUGAUAAGGUUGCACAAGUGUUCCUGUCAGUGAACUUUAAAGAGGAAAGAGAUGAAUCCUUCCUUUCUCUCUCUCUUUACCUCUUCUGCUUUUAGACCGGGGAUGAACAGAUAACACGUCUUUAUCUCUCCUCCUCCUCUCCUGUCUUCCUCCUCCUCUCCUCUUCUCCUGCUCUCUCGCUGCGUCUCGGACUGUUUCCCACCAUCGCUGCACUUUUAAACAGCUCAUAAAUAAACUCUCUCUCUCUCUCUGCAUGAAGACUUCUUGUUCACCCUCUCACAGCUUCUGUUUUAGACCAUCAGAAGGGACGAGGACGGCAGAGGGCUGAACUCUAAAUCCACUUGAAUAAUGAAACCACAUUUCUGAGUGACACAGAGGUCAGAGAGGAAACCUUCAAAUGUCUUCAACAACCAGAACAACAAAUGGCUUUAAUUCUUCUGUUCAUGUGUUCAUCAAAGAUGGUUUUCUUUGUGUACGAGGAGAAGUUUAGGAGCCCGAUGAUCUGGAUCACCAAAAAUCAACCUCUAUCCAUCACUAAGAUCCUCUCACUGAAAAAGCAGAUCCAGAUCUUACACCCUAAGACGGAUCACAGACGACUUGAGCCUGAUUGGAAGUAAUCUGUGGAUCUUUAUGGACAUCAUUUGUUCAAAUUAAAUCCUUUACUGGACUGGAGUGAUGGUCUCAUGAGGGACAUUCGGAGGGUUUUUAUCCAAACCUGAAUUUGGAGUUUUAGAUUUUAAAUCUGGAGAUCUCCUCGGAGGGUUAGUGCUGCAGACUAAAGGUCCUUACACACCAGGAACGUUUUUUCGUGCGAUUAUUUCGGACGUCAAUAUUUUUUCAAACCCGUAUCCUGUCAAUACAAGCGUUCACAUCAGCGACGUUUUCUCGUCCUGCGAUAUUGCGGCAUUCAUUUUUUCGGAUCACGGUAGAUUUUUCUAAAGUUUCGCAUACUGUGUGUCCAUUUCUGACCAAUCAGAUUGUGUGUUGUUGCAACGUCAGAUUGAUUGUCUGAUUGUUUACGUGUCGGAGAACAGAGUGAUUUUUGGUAAAAGACACAAAUAUUACAAAGGACGACUUGUGGAGAGUCAUAGCGUCGGAUUUCUCAUAUGACGAUGGUUUGUGAGCUUUAACAGUUUGAUAAACGUCUUUGUUUUAACUUUCAUCUAUGCUAAGUAACUUAAGCUCGUAAGCUAACCUGUUCAGAUACAACAUACCAUAUGUAUUUUCACUGUCUCAAACUCAAUCGGUCUCGGUUGUUCCCUUACGUUUAUGGAUUAUAGUUUAAUGUGUUUAUCUGGUACUGGCCCCGACUCAGUACAUGCUAUCAUGACAGACAGACAUCUCAACACUAGAGUCUGAUCAGAACUGAAAAACACUCAGUCUGCUGUUGGCUCAGUCUUCUCACUUCCACCCUGGAUGCGUCUUUUUUCCCCCAGAGAGUCGCAAAAUCACAUCGGGCUUAUUGUGUUUAGUCAGGCGCGUCAAAAUUCUCCUCCGAAUAUUUCGUAAUUUUGCGCUCUAUAUUCAUGUCGGCCCCGGUGUGUAAGGACCUUUAACGAUAAAUCCAGAUGAUUGACUUUCAAAUUCUCAGGUUUUGAAAAUGUGACGUUUCUCCCUUUUCCUUUAGUUUCAGAGUCAUGAAUUUGAAGACAUCAGUAAUGUCGUGGAAAUACUCAGACAGAUUAUUUGACAGUCUGAGAGUUCACUGUUCUCGGUCUGAUAAUUACCAUAGAAGCUGGAGGAGUUUUUAAAUACUGAAGACGGGCGUUAAUUUACAGAAGAAACACUCACACCAUCGAUCCCGUCGUCUUUAAAACUCUUUUUUUCUGUUUGAAAUUACCGCUCCUGUCUCUGAAGUGGAAAGGUCGUAUCACUCUGACAUUUCUUUAUUAUUGUUAUUAUUUUAACAUCGUUGGAUAAAACAUUGAACUUUCAGUUUGGGCUGUUUUUGGCGCCCCCUGUGGAGAAAGAAUCUUUUCCUUUAACAGUCAAAUCUGUCACACUGAGAGUCGCUUACAAGAGCUUUAAAGAAGCAGUUUUUUUAAUCCUCCAAGUCACUGAAUAGAGCUUUAAAUGUGAUCAGUCCAUCACUCCUCCAUAUCUCAUAAAUAAGAGUUAGCUCAUGAUGAGUACGAAAGAGCCGUGUUGCUAUGGUUACCUCCAGUCGAAUAUCCUUUUAUGCACUGAUUUAUGACGGGGGUGAAACUGUUGACCAGAACUGUGUCUGAAACGACCCGAGCCCGUCACCUUCCUCUCGUCUCCGGAUCACCAACAUCACGCCGUGGAGCGUCAACUCUUCCUCCUCAUGCCUCGUUAUCGGACUGUUAAAAACUGUCGUCUGUGUGUUUUCAUCAUGACCUUUGACCCUGAUGUUCAUGUUUAUACUUGUACAUAGAGUACUGUAAGUAUUUGACUGACACUGUGUGUAACCCUACAAUACAAACACCACUCUGUCUAACAGUCCCACUGUAACGUCUGUCGUUAGAUUAUCCACUUUUUUUUUGUACGUUUUUUCGUCAUUGCACUGGAAAAAAGAAAACAAGCAGAAAAGAAAGAAAGGAGGAGAAGAAGAGAGAGAGAGAGAUGUCUUCUUCUUCUUCUUCUUCUUCUGCUGUUGUUUUUGUCGUCGUCAUGGUCAUUUUUGGGUUCCCAGUGCCUUGGCUCUGUGCUCUGUGGUGAAAUACACUGCCGUUUGCUGA